UCUUCCAUUUAAGAUGCUGACUUGUUUAUGUAGACGCAACAAGUGAUUUUUUUUUUUUUUUUUUCUAUUCUGGGUGCUACUUUGUCCACACUAGUGCAGGCCUUUCUCUCGCUAUAUGCCUCCUUAGUGGCAGGUACAUGAAAUCUGGUUCUGCUGGUCGGCGGUCAUCAUAUAUCCUCGGAGAGGGGCUUGACUGGGUCGGACUUCCUGGGUGGGGGGGGGAUUAGUUCUGUGGAUGGCUGCGAGUUGAACACUUCAUCUAGGACAGAGAGGAAGAAGAAGAAGAAGAAGAAGAGAAGGAGGAUUAAGAGUGGGGGGUCAAGCAUGGAGGUAUAGGGACACUGUACUCAGAUGCCCGGCAGGAGGAGGAGGAGGAGGCCGCUGAGAGGUAGCACCCGCAAUGAACAAGACCAAGAGGAAGCCCAACUGCGAGAGUCCUGGCGUGCUGAAGAACAGGAAGUUGGUGCCGCGCAGACGGAACACAUGUCCCAGUCCGGCAGACAUCAACCGGGCUCUACAGGGCCCCUCGUCAGCCCCCAGCGCCAGCGCGGCCAGCCUGGAUGAGCUCAUUCUACGCUGCCUCGGCUACUUUGAUUCAGAGGGGAAACUGUGCAGCCCCCGAGGGUCCCACAUGGUCCAAAUGAUGCUGAUGAUGCACAGUUGGGUGGUCCCAUCACAGACUUUUGCCAAGAAGCUCCUCGCCUUGUACAAGGACUGCCCCGCCGACAAAAGAGGCCUGAGGCGGGGUCAAGUGUGCCACCUGGUCAGGACCUGGAUCAGCCAGUUCCCCGCUGUGUUCGAGGCUGACCCCCUUCUGGAGCAGACCAUGGGGGACCUGUGGGCAUUAGUACGGUCGGACGGGGAGGAGGCGCAGAUCAUCGACACUUCCUGCAUAAGCCCUCACGUCAACGUGUCACGGGCCCCCUCGCCUUCUGUGAAGAAGAGGAAGGUGUCCCUCAUCUUUGACCACAUGGAGGCUGAUGAGAUGGCCGAGCACCUCAGCUAUUUGGAGUUCAAGAACUUCUGCAGCGUUUCGUUUCUGGACUACCGAAGCUACGUGGUGCGAGGCUCGGUGCGGGACAACCCUGCGCUGGAGCGUUCCGUCAUGAUGUGCAACGGGGUGUCCCAGUGGGUCCAGCUCAUGAUCCUCAGCAGACACACGGCCCAACAGAGAGCUCAGGUCUUCACCAAGUUCAUCCACGUGGCUCAGAGACUCCGAGCUCUGCAGAACUUCAACACGUUGAUGGCUGUCACUGGAGGCCUCUGCCACAGCGCCAUCUCCCGUCUCAAAGACACGUACACCCUCCUGCCUCCUGAUGUCACCAAGGCGCUGAGUGAGAUGACGGAACUGCUGUCGUCGCGCAGCAACUAUAGCAAUUACCGCCGUCUCUACAGCGAGUGUUCCGGGUUCAAGGUUCCGAUUCUGGGCGUCCAUCUCAAAGAUUUGAUCUCCCUCAAUGAGGCUCUGCCCGACUACGUAGAUGGGGACAAAAUCAACCUAAGCAAGCUGCAGCAUCUUCACAGCAACGUCAACGAGCUUCUGGAGCUGCACAGACUCACGCCGCCAUUCGAAGCCAACAAAGACCUCCUGCACCUGUUGACGCUCUCUCUAGAUCUCUACUACACUGAGGACCAGAUCUAUGAACUCUCCUACACAAAGGAACCCAAGAACCCCAGGAUCCAGCCCGUCACUCCAGUUAAACCGCCAGUGGUGGCAGAAUGGGGGUCAGGGGUCACCCCCCGCCUAGACCCCGACACCAUAUCAAAACACGUCAAACAGAUGGUGGAUUCCAUCAUGAAGAAUUACGACUACAAGCAGGAUGGUUACAUCCUUCUGGAAGACUUUGAGAAUAUAGCCGCCAACUUCCCCUUCUCCUUCUGCACGCAGCAAACUGACAGGCAGGGUCAAAUCAGCCGCGAGGAGAUGACAUCGUACUUCAUGCGCGGCAUGUCAGUGUGUGCCAAGCUGGGCUACAACUUCAACGACGCACACAACUUCCACGAGACCACAUACAAGAGGCCCACCUUCUGUGACACCUGCAACGGCUUUCUGUGGGGGCUCAUCAAGCAGGGCUACCACUGCAAAGGCUGCGGGAUGAACUGCCACCGACACUGCCGGGAUUUGGUGGGAAUCGAGUGCUUGAAGAAACACAAAAACACCAGCGGUUCUUGCCCGUGCACCCCUUCCGCUGACUCCCGAACCAAAGGGAGCAUUUGGAGUUCCGAGGAGGACGCUUUUGUCUUCCCCCAUGGCAACGACUCGGACCACCACAAGGGUUGCACCCCUUUCAGAAAGAGCGGAGACUCUAUGGGUCUGUGGGAUCGCUCCACACAGACGGACCCCGGAGUGUGGACCCCCCAGGAGAAGCGGGAGCGUAGGGUGUACACCCACAGCUCACCUGGCCAGGCCAACACGCUGCCUCCUCCGAGGAGUCGUGGGUGCUCCAUGCCGGUCUCUUUCCUGCAGGAGAAGCUGGAGGAGAUGCACCUCUGCAAGGAGAAGAACCGGGAGCCCGAUUGACCCCCGCAACCUUUUCUCACCAUCCAGAAAACGAACAUUUCACACAGCAAAUGGACUCCACGGGUGUGUUUUUGUCAAGAUUCUGGUUUAAAUUAAGGACAUUGUCGUCUCUGGUGCUGUUUCUUGGGAAUAUCAAGCAAGCUGUUUUCUGAUCUGGGAUCGAGUCUGUGAAAACAAAUGAACCACAAAAUUGAAGCAGAAUUCCCAGUUUGUUUUGUUUUUUUUUUAAAUGUGGAAACUACCACACAAAAAAGCUUUGUAUUUUCAAGGAUGUAUGUGCACCCACCCCCACACACACUUUUCAUAACAUCGAGGAUUGAGAUUUAUCACACACUACUACUACUAGACAUAACUGGCCGGUUUUGAGGGGAUGGAUCUGUCUGAAGGCAGGCACCCCCUCCCAUCCCAUAUACUGCCCAACUGAUUGCGAGUAGGGAUUUCAUUGUAAUGAGAACUAGGGGAGGACAUGAGACCCCCAAAAGACAAUAAAAUCAUGGAUUGUAUUUUCCCAAGUGGAAGCAGCACUUCAUCACUGGGCCGCCAAGUUACUCUUUGCCAAAUUGUGCGCGGUUCUGUGGGUGUGGCGCACAAAAGAUGCGGAACCGAUCCAAAAACAUCAAUACAUUAUUGUAAACGGAAUUGAACACUUUGUGACUUUUUCCAUUUUCACAAAAGAUUUCUUUUUCAAAUAUUGUUGCAAAGGUGUACCUUGGACUCCGCACUCUCAAAUGUGCACCCAAAAAGGUGGCCUUUUAUUGGGGUCAAAGGCACCCCAAUGCAAUGAUUUUAAGUACAAAUGGGCCUUAAUUCAUGGAAAUGGACUAGUCAGUAAGGUUUCUUUUCCUGCCAAGAAUAAGAGCCCAGUACACCACAUGAAUCAUUGUUGCCACAUUAAAAUCAUAACCAAUAAAGCUAACUGCAUGAGAGACAUUCAAGUAACUGUAAAAUGUAAAUAAACACAAAAACAAGCAAACAGAUGAUACAGCAAGGAAUUACCUCAAAGUAAAGGUGACAAGUUGCAUCUGUGUACAACUUUUUUUUAUUGUAUAAAGACCAGACAAUGAUCAACGCUUUCACACUGGUAGAAAAUAAAUCAUUUGAGACUGGGGAUUUCAACUACAAUUAGCAAUAGGAUAGAUUUAAAAAAAAAAAAAAAAAAAAAGCAGCUACUCAAAAAGUAA